CUCUCGUAGGCUUUGCGCUCACUUGCACAUUUGCGAUCAGUCGUUUCUUUCUAUCGGAACUGUACUGUGCUUCUCCACGCUCGCACCUGAGCUGACUGUAGUUGAUUUACUUUCUCUAUUUACAGUAACGGACAAAAGCUAUCAAAAUAGGAAGACCUUCCACGUUUGCCUUUAUUACGAUCAAAAUGAAGAAACGUGGAAUAAAGCGCUCGAAUACUGAGUGGUAGAAGAAGCCAAGGACCGAAGCAACCUGUCUUUAAACCCAUCAACUGUCUGCAGGAGCAGAGGUCAAAUGGCAAAGUGGCUCAAAGACUAUCUGAGUUUUGGGAGCAGGAGGAUGCCUCCUCAACCACCCAAACCAGACUACACAGAGAGUGAGAUUCUGAAAGCCUAUCGGGCUCAGAAGAACCUAGACUUUGAGGACCCGUACGAGAACUCUGAGAACCGGGACAGAAACGACUCUGGGUCAUCAGACUCUUCCCUUGCUGCCUUUGGUUCUCCUCUGAAGUCCGCCAGCCUGGAUAUGAAGGUUGUAUCUCCCAAACACCGCCUCAUCAAGGUGGACUCACAGGAGCUGGGGCGAACUAAGAUUUUACUGAGUGCCGUCUCCUUAGAGGAACAAGAGCCUGUAGUUCCAUCAGCCCCAGCAGUAGGGGACACAGAUUACUCUGAUCCGUUUGAUGCUCACCCAAACCCCUGGCCAGAGCCUGAUCUGGGACACGUUCCCUGUGAGAACAACGGCUACAUGGAGCCUUACGAGGCCCAACGUGUCAUCACAGAGUUGCAGCGUGGCCCUGGGGCAGCCCUUGCACGGGGCGAGGUGCAGCUCUACGACACCCCCUAUGAGGAUGAACGCGGGCGGCCGUUGGGGGUGGGGCUGGGGUACGGAGACCUCCUGGAGGAGGGCAGGGAGAGCCGACUGCCGCAGGAUGACGAGCGGCCAGCAGAUGAAUACGAUCAGCCCUGGGAGUGGAAGAAAGACAACAUCUCUAAAGCCUUCGCAGUACAGUUUGAUGGUGCCGAGUGGGACCGGUCCUCGUCCCCCACGGAGCGCCUGCGUCCUCCCAGGUCCAGUCCCCUGGCAGGAGGGGGUAUGAAGUUCCGGAUGCCCUGCUCUGACCCCCACAACAUGAUUGGGGAGAGAGUAGACCCCACCCUGCCCCUGGAGAAACAAGUGUGGUACCACGGGGCCCUAUCACGUUCAGAGGCAGAGUCUCUUCUGACCCUGUGUAAGGAGUGUAGCUACCUGGUGAGGAACAGCCAGACCAGCCGCAACGACUACUCCCUCUCACUACGGAGCUGCCAAGGCUUCAUGCACAUGAAGUUCAGCCAGUGUAAGGAUGGGAAGUACGUCCUUGGGCAGAACAGCCUGCCAUUCGACACCAUCCCAGAGGUCAUCCACUUCUACACCACACACAAGCUACCAAUCAGAGGAGCUGAACACUUGUCUCUGCUCUUCCCCGUGCUCGUACAGACCCUCUGAUUGGCAGGGACUCUGUUCCUGGUAUCCUGGGUCACAUUGUGAUUGGACACUGACUUUAGAUUGGGUAAAUCCCUUCGUUAUUCAAGUCAAUCAGGCCGCCAGUGUUCUAGUUGGACUGGACUAUUUUGUUGAGGAUUCAGCAUCUGCUGGCUUGUCAGUACAGUACCUUCACAGACCUUCUUGUUUCUAUGAUGCCAACUCUCUCUGAUUUGGGAACAUAUUCACAUAAAAUGCAAUACCUGGACUAUACCGGCGCCUUCGGUACCUGGGAUGCUAUCUGGAGUACCUGUUGCAGAAUGAGCCUCUCACUGAGCUAGUAUUGCUCCACUGGUUGACAGUCUCAAGGACAACUUGGUUGUACUCACACAAACACACCUCUGUUGAUUUGAUACUUUCUGUACUGUUGAGUAAAUCAUAUCAUGUUGACAAAUUGGAAGUCAAACCCGCAUCACUGUAUGGCUGUUGUAGCAGCAGCUGUAGAGCUGUGUCUAAUUGUACUACUGUUUCCAUGUUUUCCAUAAUGAUCUGUAUGUCUGGACACCUUCACUGCCUGGUUGCAGUGCUCUGUAGUUGACCAGCACCAUUUUCAGUAGAGAGCCAACGGUUUAUAUGGCCACAUAAAUGGCCAAAUCACAAUGAUAAUGGGUGUUAUGUUUUAAUGAUCAUUCUUAUUACCUGGAUAUUCAUUCUGUAAUUAGUAUGAUUUCUCUGAUAUAUAAUUAUGGAUAGGACAUGUUUUCUCAUUUACCUGCUGUGUUCAAACAUUUCACCUGUGGUAAAAACAAUAAAUGGUUUCUUAAAGA